GGGCAGCCACUUCCCUGCCUGCACCAGCCUGUCCCCCCGGGGCAGGGAGUGCUCACCAGCUCCGCAGGACCCUGGAGCCUGCUGCAGCACCGGGGGGCACCUGCUGGAGCUGAGCCCCCCCCUCCGCUUCCCACCCCAGCUGGCACCAUGGUGGAGUACCGCAUCCGGCCGUACCGGGAGGAGGACUACGAGGCGGUGCGCGAGGUCUUCGCCACUGGCAUGAACGAGUACGCCCCAGCGCUGUGCCUGCACGUCCUGCGGCAGCCCUGGGUGCUGCUGGUGCUGGGCUGCACCUUCUGCCUGCUGCUCGCCAGCGCCCGCUCCCUGCUGCUGCCCGUCCUGGCCAUCACCCUGCUGCUGGCCCUGGCCCGGCACCUCCUGGGCUGCGCCUGGAGCACCUACAUCGACCGCUGCCUUGGGGACGACCUGCGGGACAUCGGGGCCUCCUAUGCCGAGAGCGCCGGUGCCCGCUUCUGGGUGGCGGAGGCGGACGAGCGGGUGGUGGGCACGGUGGGCGUGCGGCCGGCCGACAAGAGGGAGCCGAGGGGGGAGCUGGCGUUGAAGAGGAUGUCGGUGCGGAAGGACUACCGGGGCUUGGGCAUCGCCACGGCGCUGGCCCGCGCCGCCCUGGACUUUGCGCGGCAGCGGGGCUGCCGGGCCGUGGUGCUCAACACCCUGAUGCUGCAGCACGAGGCCCGGGCCCUCUACGAGCGCCUGGGCUUCUGCCGGCACCGCCGCUACGUCCUGCCCACCGUCUAUGGCCGCCUGGCCAACUGCACCAUCACUGUCUACCGCUACGACCUGGCCGGCAGACCCUGAGUCCCCACAGCAGCAGCCGUGAGGCGGGGUGUGGGGCGGGCAUCGUGCCCCAGUACCGUCAUGGCUGCAGGGGCUGUGCCAUGGGGGAUGCUGCUCUUGACCCUGCCUGCCAGACAUGGCGCUGCUGUGGGGCAGCAGGUCCUGUCCCUCCCCGCACCGGCUGGUGCCUUGCCGUGGAGCCGUGCGGGCGUUGCUUCUCAGGGAGUGUGCUGCACCCUGGCACGGGGGGUGGCACAGGGGGUAGGGACCCUUGUGCCACAUUGCUGGGGGGUGCAAGGGUGCCCUGCCCCAUGGUGUGUGUGUGGGGGGGGGUCAGUCUCCCAGGAGGGGAUGAAGGUGUCUCCUGCCUGGCCCUGAGGGUGCCAUGUCCCUUGGGGAGUGUCUGGGUACCCAGGAGAGACCCCCAGCCACAUGUUGUGUGCCCCCCCGGCUGCUCCAUGGUGCCUGCGGGUCGGGCGCUGCCCCUGCGUGGGGUGGAGAAA